UCAAUUUCCUUUAUCUUGUAAUUACUAAAAAUAAAGAGAAGUGACUCCUCUACGUGUCCCCAGUCGAGUGCUUCAAAGUAUUCCAUUGACAUGAUUUUUUCUUAAACAAACGCUAACAAUCUUGUCCUACAGUUUCUGGGAUUAUUAGUUAUCGCUGACUUAUUAUGUUUGGCGUUCCUUCAUUAUAGCGUGCAUAGCAUGUUUUCGAGCAAGUGGAAACGAUAACCAGCCAAACAAUGACUUGGUGGACAAUAUUUACUUGAGUGCUAUUUCAUAUUCAGAACUAAAAGCUGUUCAACUUUCCAAUCUUCCAACUUUUGUAGGAUUAUACUGUUAAUGGAUAAAUUGUCUCACAAAAGCACGAAAUCUCCUUUUGAUCCUUCGCAUAACCGCGGGUUUUUGAUUAACAACAAAUAAAAAUUUGUUAUUUAUGUAUUUCAGCGACCGUGGCAUGUUUAUCGAAGACUGAUCUUUGCAAGAAACUUGUGCCUAUAGAACCAUAUAGUUAGUGAAAAUUAUUUUUAAUGUAAAAAUCAGACCUUGCAGAAUGAACCUUUACUUACUGCCUCAGAUCGCGUCGGCGCUUGCAGUCUCCAUGUUUUGCUUUCUCAAUGGAAUGGAGCUCAGCUAUCUAUCAAUUCUGAUUCCGUAUUUUUCCAAAGUCAACGGUAUGCGAGUUGAUAAUUCGUUCACUAUAUCGGACAAUCAAAAGUCUUGGUUGUUAUCUACGGGUGCACUGAUCAGGCCAAUAAGCAAUGCCGUGACGGGAUUAGUUAUGGAUCAGAUAGGACGAUUAAACACCCAGAGAUUUGCCAUAUUGCCGUGGUCGAUCGGAUGGCUAAUAAUCGCAACUGCGUCGAAUUUUCCAAUGCUGAUGGCCGGAUUCUGCAUCGCCAUUUCUGCUUGCCCGGGGUUUAUGAUAUCUACUCUGACAUACAUUACCGAAAUUAGUUCACCUAGCGCAAGAGGAGUGCUGCUUAGCUUCAAAGGCAUCUUCUGGGGAUUGGGAAGCAUGUCUGUAUUUUUGCUUGGUGCUUUCAUACACUGGCGAACGAUAGCGUGGAUCAACUGCUUAUUGCCACUUAUACCUUUCGUUUUGACACUAUUUGUCAAGGAAAGUAUGUUGUGGCUUGUGGGCAAAGGACGUAUCGAUGACGCAAAGGAGUCGUUAGUAUACUUCAACCGUUAUCGAAUGCUAAAGGAUGAAAAUCUCGAAAGCGUAAUUGAUCGUAAGUUACUUUCGAUCCAAACACUCCAGGAACGAUAUCAACCGAGUAACUUAAAUCUUCUGCAAAAAAUGAAAUUCUUCCUUCAACCUUCAGGGUAUAAGAGAGUACUUAUGAUUGCAGGCUUACAGGUUUUUAACGAACUCACAGGCUCAACCGUGGUAUACAGCAACACUAUACUUUUCUUCAACGAAUUCAGCACUACAAUAAAUCCAUACUCCAUUGGGAUUUACAUGGGCCUAGCUAGGCUAGCUACAAGCUUUUUCAGUAUGUGGUUACUGAAAACCUUUAAAUUUCGAUGGAUCCUGAUUGUAAACUAUAUUAUUCUUUCUGGAUGUUUACUAUCUUUUGGACUAUAUAUUGACUUAAACAACAAGGGAACAUCAAUCAACGAGUGGAUCCCAUUGUGCACCAUGCUAUUGUACACUUAUGCACUAGCAGCAGGUCCAUAUCUUGUUGCCAUUGUAAUUACGCCAUCUAUUUACCCCACUCAUUUACGUGGAACGGGCCAGUCGAUCUCGUACAUUGUAGGGACCUUAACCGAAUUUUCAACAAUACAAUCCUAUUACGCAGUGAAAAAAGUUGUAAAACAGUCUCAUAUUCUGUACUUUAUGGCGCUUUCGUCGCUGACAGCAUGCGCAUAUAUAUACAGCUGUGUUGUGGAGACUUACAAAAAGUCAUUUUCGGAAAUUGAAGAUUAUUUUAGUGAAAAGGACAAUCGUAAUAAAAACAACCCAUCAUCUGUAGAGUAAAAUAAAUUAUUAUGUAUUUUUUAUGUAGAAUAUAAUCCCUAAUAAGUUUUUCUAUACUAAUUAAAUAAUACG